AUGAGUACGUGUAAAGUCAGGCUACCUACGGAAGAUAAAAAAGAUCUUAGAUUUAAAAAUUAUAAUAAUAAAGAAAAGGUUCCAUUCACCAUAUACGCAGAUUUUGAGAGCGUGCUGAUGAAGGUGGUUGAUGAUAAGAACUACCAACACCUCGUACCUGUAGCAGUAGGCUACUACCCUAAAUACGAAUUCCUCCGUAAAGCAUUAACAUCAAUCGAAGGUUUGAGAUUCUACACAUACGCUAACGGUGUAGAAAUCAUGGAGCCCCAGGAAGCUAAGUCAGAUUCCAUAUUUAUAUUCGACGAUGUAAUGUGUGAAAAACAGGGCUUACUUCAGCAAAAAUGUAACUGUAAAAAUGGAGCCUCAUGUUCAUCAGAAACUGGACAAUGCCAAUGCCCUGCUGGGUGGGAAGGGCAACAGUGUGAUCGUCCAUGUAGUAAUAAUUCUUUUGGUAUUCACUGCAACCAGAAAUGUGUAUGUAAAAAUGGUGCCUCAUGUAAUCCUGUAAAUGGAAAUUGUACUUGUGGAGCUGGAUUUACUGGAGAAUUUUGUGAAAAUAAAUGUGAACAAGAAUAUUUUGGUAUUAAUUGUGAACAAAUUUGUGUGUGUUACGACGGACAUUACUUGGGAUGUGAUCCAAUAACUGGAAAAUGUAUUUGUAGACCAGAAUGGAAAGGUGUAUUAUGUGAAUCAAAUUGUCAGCCUGGAAGAUAUGGGUCAAAAUGUGAUCAAAUAUGCAACUGUAAAAACAAUAGUUCUUGUGAUCCACAAAAUGGUAAAUGUUUCUGUUCAAGGGGAUGGCAGGGUGAAGAUUGUUCCACUCCAUGUAAAAAGGGUUAUUAUGGUAUAGGAUGUAGGCAAAAAUGUCCUGAAGUAGCACUGGGUAAUAAAACUUGUGAUCAUAUAACAGGAGAAUAUAUUUGCCCUGCUGGUUACUUAGGACUUACUUGUGAACAUCCUUGUCCUAUUGGAAAAUUUGGAAAAAAUUGUCAAAACAUUUGCUCCUGUAAGAAUGGUGGAGAUUGUCAUCAUGUAACGGGUAUGUAAAUAUUAAAACUCAUCGU